AUGCAUCCAGAACCUGUCACUUCUCAAGUCGGGCAAAUGCCUGGACAUCUGUCAUUCAUGGAAGUUAAAAGAUGUGCUGCAGCAAAGCGGAAAAAGAUCAAUAUCUAUACCUCCCAGCUUCCAAAGGCAUCAAGCAGCGUUCACGAGACAUACACCUUUGUUUCUCGAAAACAAGGGUUCACAGCACAUGGAUCUCAUGUCACCAUGAAGCCUAGUACAUCUUCAAUCCAAUUCGCCAAAGCAAUGAACUCGUCAAUGACUGACUCACACAUGAACCAUGACUUUUCAGAUUUUACUGGGGCAGACAUAGACACUAAAUGUUUGGAGACUGAAGAUGAUCACAAAUGUAAACGCAUAGCUGGUGAUCAUCCUCUUCUAUCAUGGAAAGCCAAAUGUGACACAUUCCUACUCGAGCUUCUGCAGCAUGAUGGACAGGGCAACUACAUGAACAUUUGUGUCUGUGAAAAUUGCCAUUUUGGCCUACCAGAAUAUCAGUGCAUUGAUUGCUUCACUGGGGAAUUGUUUUGCUCAGUAUGUAUUGUGGCUUUGCACACCAGGAAUCCCCUCCAUCGGAUUCAGAAAUGGACAGGAUCUUCAUUUGCUGCUCUGUCACUCAAACAGCUUGGAUUACAGGUACAACUUGGUCAUCCGAUUGGAGAGGAGUGUCUAUUACCCCAACAGGCAUUUAAUGACGACUUUACGCUAAUUCACACCAAUGGUAUACACGAAAUUGGGCUUGAUUACUGUGGUUGCGGCACUGCGCAGACACACACAAUGCAGCUACUUUGUGCAGCUUGGUUUCCAGCAACUAUGUCAGAACCCCGAACAGCAGCCACAUUUCAAAUUCUUGAACAGUACCAUCUGUUGUCCUUUGAGUCCAAGGCAUCCGGUUAUAAGUUUUAUCAUGCAAUUGCACGGCUUACUGAUAAUACUGGUCUUUACCCACACAAGGAUCGGUAUGAAGCCUUCUUGUGGAUGGUUCAAGAGUGGUGCCACCUCAAGAUGCUUAAAUGUGCUGGUUGCAGACAUGAUCCAACAGGUGUGGAGGGAAGGAGGGAAGGAGAAUGUGCUGUUGUAUGUCCUGCUUGUCCCCAGCCUGGCAAAAACCUACCAGAUGAUUGGCAGGAUGCGCCAGAUGACAAGCGAUGGUUAUAUGCGUUCUUUGUCGCUAUAGAUGCUAAUUUUCGCCUGAAGAGGCGUGCAAUUUCGAAGGAAGGCACGGACCCUGGGCUGAGUUGUGGAUGGGCAUAUUUUGUUGAGGAAACAGCCUACAAAUUUCACUUGCAGUAUACCUGUUCUUCUCACAACACCGUUAAUAUGGCCAACACGAAGGCUUCACAAGGCUUGGCUACGACAGGUGUAGGGACGAUUGAUUGCGCACGACACAAUAUGAAAUUACUGAAUGGUGUCGGAGAUUUACAGAAGGGUGAGAGGUACACGAAUAUGGACUAUCUUUUUUUCUCGACACUCAGUCAACAGUGCAUUGAUGUUCUCAACAUUUUGUACAAUAUUGCUUGCCAAUGGCACAAGCAUCUCUGGCAACGCAUGUCAACAAUGCCGGCUCAUCUUCAACUGGAUCAUGCAAGUAAAUUGGUCCGGUUCUUCAUACCAAAGUUUCAUUUACCCACCCACAUACUAAAGUGUCAGUCUACAUUCUCCUUCAAUUUUUCAAAAAAUGUUGGGUGGUGGUCAAAUAUUAAUCCUGUAGCAUUGAGUACAAAGGAAAUGGGACCAGGGUCUCGAAGGGACAUGCUGGAUGAUCACUUCGGUGAUUGGAACUGGAAGAAAUUAGUUGGCCUCAAUACGUGUGCUACUCUUCUUCGCAAAAUGAACGAGGCUAAUGAGGAACAUAAAGCUCACACAAAUGCUUUUGAAGAACUCAACAGAGCCUUGAAGCCAGAGACCACCACAGGAUGGAGAGCAUAUGUCAAGCAUUGGGAAGAAAAUCCCAAUGAUGCAUCUGUGCCCAAUCCCUUAGAAACAAAUCUGCAUGUGUUUAUUGCAACCGGAAUUGACCUCGAGAGUGAACAACAGAAGACUGUCUUUGUGUGGCAGCAGGAUGCCCUCCAGCGCAAGGUGGAUGCGUGGAAGCGAGUGCAACUGCUCUACACUCCAAUAGCACAGUUCAUGGCAGACAAUCCAGAAGAAAUCAAGCUCUUCUUACCAUCAUCAUUGACAGCUGACUCCAUAUCCUGCAGCCCCUACCUUCUCACAAUGGAGUGGGAGCUACAAAUCACACAGGCCAGAGACGCACUGGAUGAGAUCAGACAAAAGGCAAGGGCUGCAGCUGCAGCUGACAAGUAUUGUGUGGCCCAUACUGCAUUAUCUUCCCUUGCACCUAUUUUAAAUAAGGUAGGUUGGAAUUUUAAACUUCGCUUGCUGAACAAAAAAGAUGAUGUGCAUGGGAUGUCAGUGCCAAGAAAAGGAGAAAGUGAGGGAAGAAGGCAGCUCUCGUGGAUUUGGAUGGUGGAAGGGGUUGGAGAUGACGAGGAUGAAAAGGAAGAAGUCGAGUUGCUGCAGGAAGAAAUGCGCUGUGUUCUCCAAUUUCUCCGAUGGCAUGCACUCUGGUGGGACAAUAUAGCUCAUUUCUGCACUCUCUCAGGGGCUGAAAAGGAAGGGGCUCAGAUACGUCAUAACCUUGGCUCUAAGUUUGAGGCUUCUUGGGUGCAGCAUCUUACUGUCAUCACCUGCAAGGUGUCUUCUGAUCCAUUGGUGUUGGCUCUUCCUGAUCUUUGUAUACCAGAGCUACGGGCUCCUCUUUGA